ACGGGAAACGGCCCCCUCUCUCCUAGGUGUCUGUGGCGAGCCUUUCCUGUCUCAGGGUGUGUCUCAACUGCCAUCUUCUCGGCCGCCCUGCACUCCGUGUGAUGGAUACGUACAUUGUGGGGUGUGCUGUGUGUGUCGGUGACGGGCGAUAUGUGUCGAUAUGCUGUCCUCGUCUACGUGGACCGAGCCAGAAGGAGCAGCCGCUAUGUGCUGUGUUUGCAAGCAGUCUGGCCGGCCUCGUUGUUGUACCACAUCGAGAGGAAAAGAGGAAAAAAACGCACAACUAGAGAGAACUCCAUGUUACGUAAGCGCCCGCUGUUUGUGGCGGGACGCGACGGUUAUCAUCUGAUUUGUAAGGGCGUCUGCGAAUGUGCCAGCUCUGAUUGGCUGGCCGUGUCCGGUAGGCGCGGUGCACGGAGGAAACACCGGGGCCGGCCGCACACGUGCGCAGAGCGAGGGCUAGAUGGAGCGCUGAGAGGGCUGACGGGGCCGGUUCUGCGUGACUGUGUUUCGGGAAAAACGAGCGCGAGCUGGGCCCAGUGGGCGUGUGAGGGGGUAGCGGGAGCGAGAGAGGGAGAGGGAGGCAGGGCCAGAGGGAGAGAGACGGAGGAGGGUGUGAAAAAUAGACGGCGGUUUUCAUCUUGUAGUGACAGAAAGAAGGCAGAGGACGGGGACAGAGGUUCAAGAGGAGUCAUUACAAGCCAACUCAAGACACAGAUACGUAUGUACAGACACCAUCAAGAGGCACUACGGCGGCAAGAAAUAUUGGUAUCAGACAAGAGACGUGCAUGCCAAGCACAAAGUGAAGAAUGCAGGUUGCAGAACGCAAAUAAAGAGUGGCGAACGAUUACAAACAGUGGAUAGCGGAAACGCUUUGCCAAAGAAACAGAACAGAACAUCAAUGCAGAUGCACCCACGAUGACAGAAACGAGCAAAGGACUGUGUGCUGCAGGGCACCGAAAGAUCGCCUGGUUGGCGCCAC